AUGGCACUUCUCGUUGACAGGCUACGGCCUAAAACCCUCGACGCACUUACCUAUCACCAAGAUCUUUCAGCUCGGCUUAGAGCUCUGGCGCAAAGCGGUGAUUUCCCCCAUCUUCUCGUCUAUGGACCUUCUGGUGCGGGAAAAAAGACUAGGAUAAUUGCCACACUCAAAGAGCUAUAUGGACCGGGUGUUGAGAAAAUCAAGAUAGAUGCUCGAGUGUUCCAGACCAGCAGUAACCGCAAGCUCGAAUUCAAUAUCGUCUCCUCCAUAUAUCACCUUGAACUCACGCCAUCGGAUGUUGGGACUUACGACCGUGUCGUUAUCCAGGAGCUUCUCAAAGAAAUAGCGCAGACGCAGCAGGUAGAUCAAUCUGCCAAACAGCGGUUCAAGGUAGUCGUUAUCAAUGAGGCAGACCAUCUUACCAGAGACGCCCAGGCGGCUCUAAGAAGAACCAUGGAAAAAUACAGUCCAAAUAUGCGAUUGAUUCUGCUUGCCAACACUACUGCCAAUAUCAUUGCUCCAAUUCGAUCAAGAACACUGCUAGUCCGGGUACCUGCUCCCUCUGAAGACGAUAUUUGCCAAGUUCUGAAGCUAGCCGGGAAGAAGGAAGGCUGGAAUGAUUGCCCUGGGCUUAACAAGCGACUGGCCAAGGAGAGCGGAAGGAAUCUGCGACGAGCUCUAUUAAUGUUUGAAGCUGUUCAUGCACAGAAUGAGAAAGUUUCAGAUAACACGCCAAUCCCACCGCCAGAUUGGGAAGCACUGAUAUCUGUGGUAGCUGAUGAGAUUAUGGCGGAGAGAUCUCCUGCUAGAAUCCUCCAAGUCAGAGCCAGGUUGUAUGACCUACUUACCCAUUGUAUACCACCAACUACCAUUCUAAAGACCCUUACCUUCAAACUAAUACCCAAGGUUGAUGACGCACUAAAGCCUGAAGUCAUUAAGUGGUCGGCCUUCUACGAACAUAGAAUAAAGAUGGGAAGCAAAGUUAUAUUCCACCUUGAAGCCUUUGUAGCAAAGUUUAUGAGAAUACUUGAAAGUUAUUUGAUGGGUCUCGACUUUUAG